CAAACACUUUACAAACAUGCCCAAAGUCGUAUCGAGGGCUGUAGUCUCCUCGUCCGAGUCGGCUCAACCUACUCAAUCCGCUAGAGCAGUCUUGCGCUCCUACUAUUGUCUCUGUGGAGAUUUCGUCCUUGUCAUCCAGGGCAAAUUAGACAGACUACCUAAACGGAAGCAUGACGGGAGUUUCAUCAUUCGAGCGCAAGCCGGGAAGAAUCCCGUUACGCAACCAGCGCGUAAAUUCAAGUUGAAUGCUCGACCUGGCGAACGAUGUUUGAUAAAGAGAAACGGUACUCAGGAUCUUGAAGUCAGACAGCCAUUCGUUUGUGGGCGAUGUAACACGACGGUGGCGUAUCAGACUGGACCACCGCCAUCUGGAGAAUCUCCCUUCCUUUAUAUCCCGAAAGGAUCUAUGACAGAGCUUCAAGGGAGAAUACCGCCCGAUGCCUUCGACGGCGAGGAACACCUUCCCGCGAAGGAACUGCUGGGAGAGUGAGCCUACCAACGCGGGAAUGUCAUCAUAGAGCCAAGCUCCUAUCUCAGUUCUGGACACCAUCUUGUUGCAACUUUUAUAUA